AUGUCCCAGGGCGCUUGCUGCACCUGCGCAUCCCUGCUUGACGCAGUGCCCCGAGUAUCCUCGUCGUCUGAGAAGCCCCUACCUGACGACAGGCAGCUGGAUUGUUGCGGCCGUAUUAUAUGCGGUGAUUGCAUACAUAGGAAUCCUCGCUUUCUAGAUUACUGCCCCUAUUGUCAAACCUCAGGCCGCUCGCCUCUACCCAGCCGUCUCAAACAAACUCCGAGGGAAAGCGAGAUAGAACCAGAAGCAGGCAGCAACCCACCCCCCUACUCGACCAUCGCCCAACUCACCGACACCACAGGCCCUUCUCCUCCACCUUAUACCACCACCUCCUCUCUACCACCACCGUCCACCCUUCCUCCCCUCAUCCCUCCAUCGCCGUCCCAGGUAUCAGGGGCAAACCCCAUUUCAACCCCCAAGCAGCAGCCAAAACAAACCCAAGUGGAAAAGCCAGGCUACACAAUCCACCACCUCCGCCAUCCACCGCACCCGAACCCAGACACGCUCACCUCGCUCUCCCUUCAAUACGGCAUCCCCGCCCGCCUCCUGCUCCAACACAACCGCAUCCCCCCGGACGCGUCCUACCUCCUCGCGGCGCGCCACACCCUCCUGGUCCCAACGGCAUACUGCUCCCGCCUCUUCGAUAAAAGCAAUGAUGGCAAUAACCACCACCACAACUCAAGUCUCUCUCCACAUCCGGUUGAAGACGAAGCCGAGAGGGAGAGAAAGGUGACGAUACGCAGGUGGAUGGUAGCGUGCAAAGAAUGGGACUACGACACGGCCGUCGUGUACCUCGAAGAGAGCGGGUACGAUUUCGCCGAGGCGGUGAGAUGCUAUGUGGAGGAUUGUGAGUGGGAGCGGGAGCAUCCGUUGGAAAGAACAGGGAAGGGGAAGGGGAGGAAGAAGGGGUUGGACAUGGUCGCUGGUAGGGGCAAGGGGAGGGUGUUGUUGGGUUGGCUGAAGGGGUGA